AUGUCAGAUCUACAACAACAACAAUCAUAUAAAAGAACAGAUGUAUUAAAGGGUCAUGUUCCUGAUGAUGUUAUCGCUUUUACUCUUGAGAAUGUAUUCUCGAAAGAAGAAUGUCAAGAAUGGAUUGCUUUGACAGAGAAACAAGGAUAUGAACCUGCAUUGGUCAAUAUUGGAUAUGGUAGACAGGCACUAAUGACCGAUGUUAGAAACAACGAUAGAUGUAUUAUAGAUAGCGAAGAGAUGGCCAAUAAAAUAUUCGAGAGAAUCAAACACUUGUUGCCAGCUGUAAUCAAAAACAAUAAUAUGAUUGAACUAAAUGAAAGACUACGUUUUCUUCGAUACGUUGGAAAGGAUCAAAAGUUUGAGCCUCAUGAAGAUGGAACAUACCUACGAACUGACGGACCAAAAAAAGGAGAUCGUUCAUUGGUUACAUUGCAACUUUACUUGAAUGAUCCCGAGGAAGGUGGUGCGACAACGUUUUUUGUUGGAUCAGGCUGGGACGAUGAAAAUCGAGUUCCAGUAAACCCGAAAGCCGGUAUGGUUCUUGUUUUCCAGCAUAGACUCCUCCACGAAGGAAGUCCAUGUACAAAAGGUAUUAAAUAUGUAAUGAGAACUGACAUUAUGUAUAGAAGACAACAACAACCCAAAUAA